CCCGCUCCAUCCACUGGACCGAGUUGAAUCGCGGCGAGCGGCGCCCCGAACACCUUCGUCCGCCGCUGGGUGCUGUUGCAGUGGGAGAUGGGCGCGAGGGGCGUCAUGCUGACGGAUGCCACAUGGAGCCCGUGGGGGAGCUGCCAAUAACCCUCAGCGAAGGAUGGCAGAAGGGGGAGAGGGCGAGGAGGAGAUUCAGUUCCUGCGAACGGAUGACCAGGUGGUUCUGCAGUGCACGGCCUCCGUCCUGAAGGAGCAGCAGAUAAAGUUAUGUUUGUCCUGCGAGGGCUUCGGGAACCGCCUCUGUUUCCUGGAGACCACAUCCAACGCUCAGAAUGUGCCCCCGGACCUGGCCAUAUGCACCUUCAUUCUGGAGCAGUCCCUGUCGGUCCGCGCUCUGGUGGAGAUGCUGGCGAACACAGUGGAGCUGACCGAGGCAGUCGAUCUGGACCAGUGGUCGUCCCAGGGUGGGAGUCAUCGUACCUUACUCUAUGGCCAUGCCAUCCUUCUCAGACACCACCACUCAGGCAUGUACCUCAGCUGUUUGACCACAUCUCGGUCACUCACAGACAAGCUGGCUUUUGAUGUGGGCUUGCAAGAAGAUUCCACUGGGGAGGCAUGUUGGUGGACUAUUCAUCCAGCCUCUAAGCAAAGGUCAGAAGGUGAGAAGGUCAGGGUGGGUGAUGAUCUCAUCCUCGUCAGUGUGUCCUCUGAGAGAUACCUGCAUCUGUCCUACGCCAGUGGAGACCUGAUGGUGGACGCCUCCUUCAUGCAGACCCUGUGGAACAUGAACCCGAUUAGUUCUGGAUGUGAACUAGCUGAGGGGUUUUUAACAGGCGGUCAUGUCCUCAGACUGUUCCACGGGCACAUGGACGAGUGUCUGGCUAUCGCUACACCAGAGGAAGGAGAGGAAAAGCGCAGGAUGGCUCACUAUGAAGGAGGUGCUGUUUGCAGUCAGGCUCGAUCCCUGUGGAGGUUGGAGCCUCUAAGAAUCAGCUGGAGUGGAAGCCACAUGAAGUGGGGGCAGUCUUUUCGCAUUCGCCACAUCACCACAGGCCGGUACCUGUGUCUGGAUGAGGAAAAGGGCCUGUUGGUGGUUGACCCAGAGAAGGCCAACACCAAACUAUCUGCUUUCUGCUUCCGUGUGUCAAAGGAGAAGGUGGAUGUGGCCCACAAGCGUGAUGUGGAGGGCAUGGGAAUUCCAGAGAUCAAGUAUGGAGAGUCUAUGUGCUUUGUCCAACAUGUGUCCACAGGCCUGUGGCUCACAUAUGCUGCCCUCGAUGCCAAAGCUGCUCGUUUGGGAACCAUGAAAAGACGGGUCAUUUUGCACCAGGAGGGUCAUAUGGAUGAUGCCCUGACCGUGUCCCGCUCCCAGACUGAGGAGUCUCAAGCUGCUCGUAUGAUUUACAGCACUACGGGCCUCUUCAGGCAAUUCAUCAAGGGAUUGGACUCUCUCAGUGGGAAGAACAAGUCACCAGCAGCUGCGUCGCUUCCUUUGGACGGGGUUAUUUUAAGUCUUCAGGAUCUCAUCUUCUACUUUCGUCCACCUGAGGAGGAACUGGAGCACGAGGAGAAACAGACCAAGCUCCGCUCUCUGCGCAACCGGCAGAACCUCUUCCAAGAGGAGGGAAUGAUAACCAUUGUGCUGGAGUGCAUCGACCGCCUCAAUGUGUACAACACUGCUGCCCAUUUCUCUGAAUUUGCUGGGGAAGAAGCUGCAGAGUCCUGGAAGGAGAUCGUCAACCUCCUUUAUGAGCUGCUGGCUUCUUUAAUCAGGGGCAACCGGUCGAAUUGUGCGCUGUUCUGUGACAACCUUGACUGGCUUGUCAGCAAGUUGGACCGUCUGGAGGCGUCCUCAGGUAUUCUUGAGGUGCUGUACUGUGUGCUAAUUGAAAGUCCUGAGGUUCUGAACAUCAUCCAGGAAAAUCACAUCAAAUCCAUCAUCUCUCUCCUGGACAAGCAUGGAAGGAACCACAAGGUUUUGGAUGUCUUGCGCUCUCUGUGUGUGUGCAAUGGUGUGGCUGUGAGGUCCAAUCAGAACCUCAUCACUGAAAACCUGCUUCCAGGCCGUGAACUCCUGUUGCAGACUAACAUUGUGAACUAUGUCACCAGUGUCAGGCCCAACAUCUUCCUGGGUACCUGUGAGGGCUCCACACAGUAUAAGAAGUGGUAUUAUGAGAUGAUGGUGGACUAUGUGGAACCCUUUGUAACAGCGCAGGCUACCCACUUGCGUGUGGGCUGGGCCAUGACUGAAGGCUACAGCCCCUAUCCUGGAGGAGGAGAGGCCUGGGGAGGCAAUGGUGUGGGAGAUGACCUCUACUCAUAUGGUUUUGAUGGACUGCAUCUAUGGUCAGGUACGGUAGCCCGCCAGGUGGCUUCACCCAGUGCGCACACCCUGGCUGCCGACGAUGUCGUCAGCUGCUGCCUGGAUCUGAGUGUGCCCAGUAUCUCCUUCCGUAUUAAUGGCCACCCAGUUCAGGGCAUGUUUGAGAACUUCAAUGUGGACGGUCUGUUCUUUCCUGUUAUCAGCUUCUCUGCUGGAGUCAAGGCUCGGUUCCUUCUUGGUGGUCGUCAUGGAGACUUCAAGUUUAUGCCUCCCCCAGGCUAUGCACCAUGCUACGAGGCUCUUCUGCCUAGAGAGAGGAUGCGUAUUGAACCCAUUAAGGAGUACAAGCAUGACUUCAGUGGCGUGCGCAACCUGCUGGGCCCAACCCAGUCCCUAACACAUACCUCCUUCACUCCCUGCCCUGUGGACACUGUUCAGAUUGUGUUACCACCCCACUUGGAGCGUAUCCGAGAAAAGCUGGCAGAGAACAUUCACGAGCUCUGGGCUGUUACUCGUAUUGAACAGGGUUGGACCUAUGGGUCUUUCAGGGAUGACAAUAAAAAACUUCAUCCAUGCCUGGUGGACUUCCAGAGUCUUCCUGAACCAGAGAGGAACUACAACCUGCAGAUGUCCGGCGAGACUCUCAAGACUCUCCUGGCCCUGGGUUGCCAUGUUGGUAUGGGUGACGAGAAGGCAGAGGAGAACCUCAAGAAGAUCAAGCUGCCAAAAACCUAUGUGAUGAGCAAUGGAUACAAGCCUGCCCCUCUUGACCUCAACCAUGUCAAAUUAACACCAAACCAGAACCAGCUUGUUGAAAAACUGGCAGAAAAUGGUCAUAAUGUUUGGGCGAGGGACAGAGUGCGGCAAGGAUGGACCUACAGUAUUGUGCAGGACAUCAUAAAUAAGCGGAACCCUCGUCUGGUACCUUACAACCUUUUGGAUGAGAGAACUAAGAAAACAAACCGUGACAGUGUUAACAACGCUGUCCGCACCCUCAUUGGCUACGGUUACAACAUUGAGCCUCCUGAUCAGGAGAGCACUGGCCAUGGCCUUGAGAACAUCCGCGGGGACAAGGUACGAAUCUUCCGAGCAGAGAAGUCGUAUGCUAUCACCCAAGGGAAAUGGUACUUUGAGUUUGAGGCAGUGACCACAGGGGAGAUGAGAGUGGGCUGGUCGCGUCCUAAUGUCCGCUCUGACACCGAACUAGGAGCAGAUGAACUGGCCUAUGUCUUCAAUGGAAAUAAGGCUCAAAGAUGGCAUGUCGGCAAUGAGCCCUUCGGUCGCCAGUGGCUGUCUGGUGAUGUAGUUGGUUGUAUGAUUGACCUGACUGAGAUGAACAUAAUGUUCACACUCAAUGGAGAAAUGCUGAUCAGUGACUCGGGCUCAGAGAUGGCUUUCAAAGACAUAGAGAUUGGAGAAGGUUUUAUCCCAGUGUGCGCCCUGGGUCUGUCUCAGGUUGGGAGAAUUAACCUUGGUCAGAAUGUGAGUAGCCUGCGAUAUUUUGCCAUCUGUGGCCUGCAGGAAGGAUUUGAACCUUUUGCCAUCAACAUGAAAAGAGACACCACCAUGUGGUUCAGUAAGAGUUUGCCCCAGUUUGUGCCUGUGCCCACUGAUCACAAUCAUAUUGAGGUCUCCCGUGUGGAUGGGACCGUAGACAGCGCCCCAUGUUUAAAACUCACCCACAAGACCUUUGGCUCACAGAAUGCCAAUACAGAUAUGAUGUUCCUCAGACUAAGCAUGCCUGUCCAGUUCCACGAGACCUUUAAGGUCCUCGCAGGCACCACUCCUCUAACCCGGGCCCUCACUAUUCCAGAGGAGGAAGUGGUGGUGGUGGAGCCUGAUUCAGAGUUUGAAGUACUGAAGAAGUCUGCUAGCCGCAAGGAGCAGGAGGAGGAGAAGAAGGAGCCGUCUGUAGCUAAGGAGAUCUCGGUGGAAAAUGAGAAGGACACUAUGUCAGAAAAGGGAAAGAAAAAAGGAUUUUUCUCCAAGGCUAAGAAGGCUGCCAUGACGCCUCUCGCCCCUCCACCUGCCCCUCCAACUGUGCCACGAUUGGUGGAAGAUGUGGUCCCCGAUGACAGAGAUGACCCUGAAAUCAUCCAAAGCACCACCACUUAUUACUAUUCUGUGAGGAUCUUUGCUGGGCAGGAGCCCUCUGGGGUGUGGAUCGGCUGGGUCACUCCUGACUACCACCAGUAUGAUCCGACCUUUGACCUCUCCAAAGUGCGCAACGUCACUGUUACUGUGGGUGAUGACAAAGGGAACAUAUACAACAGCAUGAAGCACAGUAACUGUUACAUGGUGUGGGGAGGGGACCUGGUCAGCACCCAGCAGACCCGCUUCAGCCAGGAGGACAUGGUGGUUGGCUGCCUGGUCGACCUGGCAACCGGCCUCAUGACCUUUACAGCCAAUGGAAAAGAGAUCAACACCUUCUUCCAGGUGGAGCCCAACACCAAGCUGUUUCCUGCUGUCUUUGUUCAGCCUACCAAUCAGAACUUGGUGCAGUUAGAGCUGGGCAAACUAAAGAACAUCAUGCCCAUCUCAGCGGCCAUGUUCCGAAGCGAGCGUAACAAUCCAGUCCCGCAGUGCCCUCCCAGGCUGGAAGUCCAGAUGCUGACCCCAGUAAUCUGGAGCCGUAUGCCCAAUCACUUCCUCAACCCUGAAGUGGGCAAAGUGAACGAGCGGCUGGGCUGGAUGGUGGAGUGUACUGAACCUCUUAUUAUGAUGGCUCUGCAUAUCCCAGAGGAGAACAGGUGUAUUGACAUCCUGGAGCUAUCAGAACGUCAGGAUCUUAUGAAGUUUCACUACCACACCCUCAUGCUCUAUUGUGCUGUGUGUGCAUUGGGCAAUAACCGAGUAGCUCACGCUCUUUGUAGCCACGUAGAUGAAUCCCAGCUAUUCUAUGCCAUUGAGAACACCUACCUGCCUGGGCCUCUUCGCAGCGGCUACUAUGACCUGCUCAUCAGCAUCCACUUGGAGUCUGCCAAACGAGCCCGACUGGGCACCAACAGGGAGUUCAUUGUCCCCAUGACUGAGGAGACUCUCACUAUCCAUCUCUAUCCUGAUGCAAAGAAGGCCCAUUCUCUCCCUGGUGUUGGUCUCACCACCUGCUUACGCCCCAAGCUCCAUUUCUCUUCUAUUAACUUUGUUGGCACCGACCCUGAUUUGUACACCCUCAGUCCCAUCUUCCCUCUACAGGAGCUGAAGACCAGGGCGAUCAGCAUGUUAACUGAGGCUGUGCUGGAUGGUAGUCAGGCAAUGAGAGAUCCCGUAGGAGGCAGUGUGGAAUUCCACUUUGUGCCAAUCCUGAAGCUCAUCAGCACACUGCUCAUUAUUGGCAUCUUUAACGACGAGGACACCAAGCCCAUCCUCAAGAUGAUCGAUCCCAACGUUUUCAGUGGCAAGGAAGAGGAGGAAGAGCAAGCUGAGGAGGGUGGAGGUGAGGAGGUGAAGGAGGAGGAUGAGGAGGAGGCAGAUCUUGAGGAUGAAGGGGUCGGUGAUGAGGAAGAGGAGGACCUAAAGGAUGUGGAGAAAGCUCAAGAAGAGGCUGAACCCAAGGAGGAAGGACAGGAAGGAGAGCAGGAGGAGGGAGAGGUCAAAGAAGGAAAAGUAGAUGGCGAGAAAGCAGAGGAGGAGAAGGAGGCAGAGGCUGUAGAGGAAGAAGCAAAGGAGGAGGAGGAGGGUUUGGAGGAAGGAUUACUCCAGAUGAAGCUCCCAGAGUCCGUCAAACUGCAGAUGUGCACUCUCCUGCAGUACUUCUGCGACUGUGAGCUGCGGCACAGAGUAGAAGGCAUCGUGGCCUAUUCAAACCAGUUCAUUCAAGAUGUUCAGAACAACCAGCGAGUUCGUUACAACCAGUUAAUGAGGGCCUUCACCAUGUCGGCUGCUGAAACUGCGCGCAAGACCCGCGAGUUCCGUUCACCACCACAAGAUCAGGUUCUUAUGCUGACCCACUUCAAGCACGAAGAUGAGGACUGUCCAGUGCCUGAGGAGGUGCGGGACACCCUGGCAGAGUUCCACAAUGAUCUGCUGCUUCACUGUGGUAUACACAUUGAGCAUGAAGAAGAGGAGGAGGAAGUGGACACCUCACUGAGGGGCAGACUCCUUAGUCUGGUGGACAAGGUCAAGGGCUUGCGCAAGAAGAAGGAAGAGGAAGUACCAGAAGUUGAAGAGGAGCCAAAACCCAGCACCCUUCAGGAACUGAUCUCCCACACCAUGAUCCACUGGGCCCAAGAGUCAUUCAUUCAGAACCCUGAGCUUGUGCGUCUGAUGUUUAGCCUGCUCCACCGGCAGUAUGAUGGGCUGGGCGAGCUGGUCAGAGCCCUGCCCAAAGCCUACGCCAUAAACGCUGUGUCCGUCCAGGACACAAUGGAUCUGCUAGAGUGUUUGGGACAGAUACGUUCACUGCUUAUUGUUCAGAUGGGCCCAGAGGAGGAGCGGCUCAUGAUCCAGAGCAUUGGGAAUAUCAUGAACAACAAAGUGUUCUACCAGCACCCUAAUCUAAUGAGGGCUCUCGGGAUGCAUGAAACUGUCAUGGAGGUGAUGGUCAACGUGCUGGGUGGAGGAGGAGACUCAAAGGAGAUUCGAUUCCCUCAAGUGGUGACCAACUGUUGUCGUUUCCUGUGUUACUUCUGUCGCAUCAGCAGACAGAACCAGCGCUCCAUGUUUGACCAUCUUAGCUACCUGCUACAGAACAGUGGCAUUGGGUUAGGCAUGCGCGGUUCAACACCUCUGGAUGUGGCUGCAGCUUCUUGUAUCGACAACAAUGAGUUGGCCUUGGCUUUGCAGGAGCAGGAUCUAGAAAUGGUGGUGACCUACUUGGCAGGCUGCGGACUGCGGAUGUGUCCAAUACUCCUGUCUAAGGGCUAUCCUGACAUCGGCUGGAACCCCUGCGGAGGAGAGAGAUACCUGGACUUCCUCCGCUUUGCUGUUUUUGUCAAUGGGGAGAGCGUGGAGGAGAAUGCCAAUGUUGUGGUGCGCUUGCUCAUCCGUCGGCCCGAGUGCUUUGGCCCGGCCCUGAGAGGGGAGGGUGGGAAUGGUCUGCUGGCUGCCAUGGAGGAGGCCAUUAAGAUCUCAGAGGAUCCAGCAAGAGAUGGACCCACUGUCAAAAAAGACAGGCGUUUUAUGUUUGGUGGUGAAGAACAGCAUGAGGAGAACCGUGUACAUCUGGGAAACGCCAUCAUGUCCUUCUACUCAGCCCUUAUUGAUCUGCUGGGUCGCUGUGCCCCUGAGAUGCAUCUGAUCCAGGCAGGCAAAGGUGAAGCCCUUCGAAUCAGGGCCAUCUUGAGGUCACUGGUGCCCAUAGAGGACUUGGUGGGAGUCAUCAGCUUGCCUGUGCAGAUUCCUGCCUAUGGAAAAGAUGGUCAGAUUGUUGAGCCUAAGAUGUCAGCCAGUUUUGUGCCAGACCACAAGGCGUCCAUGGUGCUGUUCCUGGACAGAGUGUAUGGUAUUGACAAUCAGGACUUCUUGCUUCAUGUGCUGGAGGUGGGCUUCCUGCCUGAUAUGAGAGCUGCAGCCUCUCUUGACACGGUAGCUUUCAGUACGACUGAAAUGGCCUUGGCCCUGAACCGCUACCUCUGCUCAGCCGUUCUGCCUCUGCUCACAAAGUGUGCACCGCUGUUUGCCGGGACAGACCACCGAGCCAUUAUGAUCGACUCCAUGCUCCACACCAUCUAUCGCUUGUCCCGUGGUCGAGCCCUGACUAAGGCUCAGAGGGAUGUCAUUGAAGAGUGCCUCAUGUCGCUUUGCAAGUAUCUUCGACCCUCCAUGCUGCAGCAUCUGCUUAGACGCCUGGUGUUUGAUGUGCCCAUCCUCAAUGAAUAUGCCAAGAUGCCUCUUAAGUUGUUGACCAAUCACUAUGAGCGCUGCUGGAAGUAUUACUGUCUGCCUAAUGGAUGGGCUAAUUUCGGGGUGACCUCAGAGGAGGAGCUGCACCUUUCUCGUAAACUGUUUUGGGGAAUCUUUGAAUCUUUGGCGCACAAGAAAUUUGAUGCAGAGUUAUUCAAGAUCGCCAUGCCGUGCAUCUGUGCUAUAGCCGGAGCCAUCCCUCCUGACUAUGUGGAUGCCAGCUACUCCUCUCACACUGAGAAAAAGGCCUCCGUGGAUGCUGAGGGCAACUUUGAUCCCAAACCAGUAGAGACCACAAACACAAUCAUCCCAGAAAGGCUUGAUGCCUUCAUCAACAAGUACGCAGAGCACACUCAUGACAAGUGGGCCUUUGAAAAGAUUCAGAAUAACUGGACCUAUGGAGAAGUGCUCGAUGAGAAUGCUAAGACUCACCCAAUGCUUCGACCGUACAAAACAUUCUCUGAAAAGGACAAAGAGAUCUAUCGUUGGCCCAUCAAGGAAUCCAUCAAAGCAAUGCUGGCGUGGGAGUGGACCUUGGAGAAAGCCAGGGAUGGAGAGGGAGAGGUUGAGAAAAAGGCUGCUGCAACCACAGCCACACGCAAAAUCUCCCAAACUGCUCAGGCCACUUAUGAUCCCAGUCAUGGCUACAACCCUCAGCCAGUAGACAUCACAGCCAUGGCUCUGUCCAGAGAGCUGCAGUCUAUGGCAGAACAGCUGGCUGAGAACUAUCACAACACCUGGGGCAGGAAGAAGAAGCUGGAACUUCAGUCCAAAGGGGGUGGUACCCAUCCGUUGCUUGUGCCUUACGACACCCUGACGGCUAAGGAGAAGGCGAGAGACAGAGAGAAGGCACAGGACCUGCUCAAGUUCCUCCAGCUCAAUGGAUACGCUGUGACUAGGGGCAUGAAGGACAUGGAGCAGGACAUUUCCUCCAUUGAGAAGCGUUUUGCCUACGGCUUCCUGCAGAAGCUUCUGAAAUGGAUGGACAUCGCCCAGGAGUUCAUUGCACAUCUUGAGGCUGUGGUUAGCAGCGGUAGAGUGGAGAAGUCACCGCACGAGCAAGAGAUCAAGUUCUUUGCUAAGAUCCUCUUGCCUCUGGUAAACCAGUAUUUUAAGAACCACUGUCUGUACUUCCUGUCCACUCCUGCUAAAGUCCUGGGUAGUGGAGGACACUCGUCCAAUAAGGAGAAAGAGAUGAUCGCCAGUAUCUUCUGUAAGUUGGCUGCUUUGGUGAGACACAGAGUUUCUCUUUUUGGAACGGAUGCUGGUGCGGUAGUUAACUGUCUGCACAUUCUGUCACGGUCGCUGGAUGCCAGGACUGUUAUGAAAUCCGGCCCUGAGAUUGUGAAAGCUGGCCUGCGUCAGUUCUUCGAGAGUGCUGCAGACGACAUUGAAAAGAUGGUUGAGAACCUAAAACUGGGCAAAGUGUCCAGUCGAAACCAGGUUAAAGGUGUGUCCCAAAACAUCAACUACACCACCACUGCCCUCCUGCCAGUGCUCACCUCACUGUUUGACCACAUUGCCCAACACCAGUUUGGGGAUGAUGUCAUGUUGGACGACCUGCAAAUAUCCUGCUACCGGUUAAUGUGCAGUAUUUAUUCACUGGGCACUGUGAAGACUCCACAUGUGGAGAAACAGCGACCAGCUCUUGGUGAAUGCUUGGCUCACUUAGCAGCUGCCAUGCCAGUGGCCUUCCUCGAGCCACUGUUGAAUGAGUUCAACUCCUUCUCUGUUUACACCACCAAGACUCCUAGAGAGAGAUCAAUCCUUGGUUUACCCAACCAGGUGGAGGAACUGUGCCCUGACAUUCCAGAGCUGGAAGUCCUGAUGAAAGAGAUUCAUGAUCUGGCUGACUCCGGGGCACGCUACACAGAAAUGCCCCACGUGAUUGAGAUCACCCUGCCCAUGUUGUGUAACUACCUUCCACGAUGGUGGGAAAGGGGCCUAGAGAACUUCCCUGAGCUGGAGGGACAGAUCUGCACUGCUGUCACCUCUGAACAGCUCAACCAGCUGCUGGGUAGCAUCAUGAAGAUCGUAGUCAACAACCUGGGUAUAGAUGAGGCCUCCUGGAUGAAGAGGUUGGCAGUCUUCGCCCAGCCAAUUGUCAGCAGGGCUAAGCCAGAGAUGCUCAAGUCCCACUUCAUCCCCACCAUGGAAAAGCUAAAGAAGCGCUCAGGAAAGGUUGUAGCUGAGGAGGAGCAGCUGCGCAUGGAGGGGAAGACAGAGGUGGACAGUGAAAACGGGACCAUCCGUGAUGAGUUUGCUGUGCUCUGUCGAGACUUGUAUGCUCUGUACCCUUUGCUUAUCCGCUACGUGGACAACAACAGGGCAAGAUGGCUGACGUGUCCAGACCCAGAUGCAGAGGAGCUUUUCAGAAUGGUGGGAGAAGUGUUUAUAUUCUGGUCCAAGUCCCAUAAUUUUAAAAGGGAGGAGCAGAACUUCGUGGUGAUGAAUGAGAUUAACAACAUGUCCUUCCUCACUGCUGACAGUAAGAGCAAGAUGACCAAGGCCGGAGAUGGAGAGUCUGGAGGUUCAGAGCAAGAACGCACCAAGAAGAAGCGACGGGGGGACCGUUACUCUGUGCAGACCUCCCUCAUUGUGGCUGCGUUGAAGAAGAUGCUUCCCAUCGGCCUCAACAUGUGUUCUCCUGCAGACCAGGAGCUCAUCAAUAUUGCCAAAAUCAGAUAUUCACUGAAAGACACAGAUGAAGAAGUGAGGGAGUUCCUGCGCAACAAUCUGCAUCUGCAAGGCAAAGUGGAGGACCCAGCUAUGCGCUGGCAGAUGUCUCUCUAUAAGGAGAUGUCUGGAAAGGCUGAAGAUGCAGAAGACCCUGAGAAGGUGGUGAAAAGGGUCCAAGAGGUGUCUGCUGUCCUUUACCACAUCGAGGUGACAGAGCAUCCCUUCAAGUCAAAGAAAAUGGUUUGGCACAAGCUGCUGUCCAAGCAGCGUCGCAGGGCUGUGGUGGCCUGUUUCAGGAUGACCCCUCUGUACAACAUUCCCACGCACAGAGCAAUCAACAUGUUUUUGGACGCAUACAAGCGUAACUGGUUAAUGAACGAAGGCUACUCAUUUGAGGACAAGAUGAUUGAUGACUUAUCAAAAGCCUUGGAGGAGGAGGAGGAAGAGGAAGAGGAAACUGAGACCAAGCCGGACCCCCUUCACCAGCUGAUCCUUCAUUUCAGUCGUACAGCUCUCACAGAAAAGACUAAACUUGACCUUGACCUUCUUUAUAUAUCAUAUGCGGAUAUUAUGGCAAAGAGUUGUCACAUUGGUGAGGAGGACGAAGGGGGAGAACAGGAGGGGGAGGAGCCGUCCUUUGAGGUGCGACAGACAGAGAUGGAAAAAGAGAUGGAGAAACAGAGGCUUCUGUACCAGCAGUCUCGUCUGCACAACCGUGGGGCUGCAGAGAUGGUGCUGCAGAUGAUCAGCGCCUGUAAAGGUGAACCUGGAGCCAUGGUUUCCUCCACACUCAAACUGGGGAUCUCCAUCCUCAAUGGAGGCAACAGUGACGUACAGCAGAGAAUGCUGGACUACCUGAAGGAUAAGAAGGACGUGGGAUUCUUCCUCAGCGUUCAGUCUCUGAUGCAGACCUGCAGUGUUUUGGAUCUGAACGCUUUUGAGAGGCAGAACAAGGCUGAAGGACUUGGAAUGGUUUCAGAAGAAGGCACCAAUAUGCAGCUAGAACGUGAUGAGAAAGUGAUGGCUGAUGACGAGUUCACGUGUGACCUCUUCCGCUUCCUGCAGCUUCUCUGUGAGGGCCACAACAAUGAUUUCCAGAACUAUUUAAGAACUCAGACCGGCAGCACCACCACCAUCAACGUCAUCAUCUGCACUGUGGACUAUCUGCUUCGCCUGCAGGAGUCGAUCAGCGACUUUUACUGGUACUACUCAGGAAAGGAUAUAAUCGAUGAGCCUGGGAAGAGGAAUUUCUCCAAAGCAAUGACUGUGGCUAAGCAGGUCUUCAACAGCUUGACUGAGUACAUCCAGGGCCCCUGUACUGGGAACCAGCAGUCUCUGGCUCACAGCAGACUGUGGGACGCCGUCGUUGGCUUCCUGCAUGUGUUCGCUCAUAUGAUGAUGAAACUUGCUCAGAUGCAUCCAGAUGUUGGACAACAAAAUGGCGAUCAUUUUUGGAGCACAACACAUUCUGAGGACUCGAGUCAGAUCGGACUGUUGAAGGAACUGUUGGAUCUACAGAAGGACAUGGUGGUGAUGCUUCUCUCCCUGCUUGAAGGUAAUGUUGUGAAUGGGACCAUUGCCAGGCAGAUGGUGGACAUGCUUGUGGAGUCCUCCAGCAACGUGGAGAUGAUCCUUAAAUUCUUCGACAUGUUCCUCAAGCUCAAGGACAUCGUGGCGUCGGAUGCCUUCCGUGAUUACGUGACGGACCCCCGUGGUCUAAUCUCCAAGAAGGAUUUCUCCAAGGCCAUGGACAGCCAGAAGCAGUACUCCCUCCAAGAAAUCCAGUUCCUCCUAUCCUGCUCAGAAGCUGACGAGAAUGAGAUGAUCAACUUUGAAGAAUUUGCUGAUCGAUUCCAGGAGCCGGCCAAAGACAUUGGUUUCAAUAUAGCUGUCCUGCUCACCAACCUGUCCGAGCACGUUCCCCACGACACUCGCCUCCAGAACUUCCUGGAGCAGGCUGAGAGCGUGAUCAACUACUUCCGCCCCUUCCUCGGCCGCAUUGAGAUCAUGGGCGCCAGCAGGAGGAUUGAACGCAUUUACUUUGAAAUCAGUGAGGCGAAUCGCAACCAGUGGGAGAUGCCUCAAGUCAGAGAGUCCAAGCGACAGUUCAUCUUUGAUGUGGUCAAUGAAGGCGGCGAGAGCGAGAAGAUGGAGAUGUUUGUGAACUUCUGUGAGGACACCAUCUUUGAGAUGAACAUCGCCGCCUCCAUCUCGGAGCCUGAGGGAGAGGGUGCAGAAGAGGAAGACGACGAGGAAGAGGAGGAGGGUGGAGGAGAGGCGGCAGAGUCCGGAGAAGGGGAGGAGGGCAACGGGGAAGGGGAAGCCGCCGAGUCCACCUCAGCCUUCGCAGAGUUCCUGAAGAGCGUGCUUAACUUCUUCAGCAUGUUCACCUUCCGCAACCUGCGGCGCCGGUACCGCAAACUCCGAAAAAUGACCAUAAAGGAGAUGGUGAUAGGCCUGGUCACGUUCAUCUACACCGUCCUGAUGGGCAUUCUCAUAUUUAUUUAUAACAUAUGCAAGGGCUUCUUCACGCUAAUAUGGAAGGCGCUGUUCGGUGGAGGCUUAGUGGAGGGAGCCAAGAAGAUGACGGUGACGGAGAUCCUAGCCAGCAUGCCCGAUCCAACGCAGGACGAGGUCCACGGCGACCUGCCACCUGAGCCGGGGGCUGGAGAGGUCCAAGACGCCGACGGAGCCGCAGAACUCUUAGAUGUAGUAGGAGGCGAGGAGGAGGAGGAGGACGGUGAGGAGAGGGAGGGCGGACGCCUGCCUGGGUUCAACGCUCCCGGUGGCCUCGGAGACUUUGGGGAGACAACGCCCGAGGAGCCUCCAACUCCGGAGGGGACGCCGCUGCUCAAGAGAAAACUGCUGGCUGCUGCAGCAGGAGGACCAGAAGAGGAGGUAAAGGUUGAAACUGAGGAAGAGGCCCCUCAGGUGGAGGAGAAGGCAGACACUGAAAAUGGAGAGAAGCCCGAAAAGGCAGAGCCGGAGCCCGAGGCAAAGGAGGAACCUGCUGAGGAGCCGGAGGAAAAGACGGUGAAGGCCAAGACGAAGAAGGACAAGAAAGCUGCAGAGGAGGGCUUCGAGUUGUGGAACGAGCUGGAGAUUCAGAGAAUAAAGUUCAUGAACUAUCUUUCUCGUAAUUUCUACAAUCUGCGUUUUCUCGCCUUGUUCAUUGCCUUCGCUCUCAAUUUCAUCCUGCUCUUCUACAAGGUGUCUGAGAGUCCUCCAGGCGAGGAGGAGUUGGAGGGUUCUGGCCUCUUUGAAGGUUCUGGCCUGUUUGAAGGCUCGGGUGCGGAGGAGGAGGGCUCUGGGUUGGAUGAGGGAGGAGAAGAUGAGGAUGAAGAAGGUCCCUUGUACUACUUCCUGGAGGAGAGCACUGGAUACAUGGAACCCGCCCUGUCUUUCCUGGCCAUUGUUCACACCAUCAUAUCCUUCCUUUGCAUCAUUGGCUAUAAUUGCCUCAAGGUUCCUUUGGUUAUCUUCAAGAGAGAGAAGGAGUUGGCCAGAAAGCUGGAGUUCGACGGUCUCUAUGUCUCGGAGCAGCCUGAGGACGAUGAUAUUAAGGGCCAGUGGGACAGACUGGUGCUCAACACACCCACUUUCCCUAAUAAUUACUGGGACAAGUUUGUGAAAAGGAAGGUUCUGGAUAAAUACGGAGACAUUUACGGCAGAGAGAGGAUUGCAGAGUUGCUGGGCAUGGAUUUGGCUUCGCUGGACGUCAGCGCCAUGACGCACGAGAAGAAACACGAACCCGACACUUCGAUGUUCACCUGGAUCACAUCUAUUGACAUCAAGUACCAGAUCUGGAAGUUUGGAGUUGUGUUCACUGACAACACCUUCCUCUACCUGGUGUGGUACAUGUUGAUGUCUCUGCUGGGGCAUUACAACAACUUCUUCUUCGCCUGCCAUCUCCUGGACAUCGCCAUGGGUGUCAAAACCCUGCGCACCAUUCUGUCGUCCGUCACCCACAACGGCAAACAGCUGGUGAUGACGGUGGGUCUGCUGGCUGUGGUCGUCUAUCUCUACACCGUGGUCGCCUUCAACUUCUUCCGCAAGUUCUACAACAUGAGCGAGGAUGAGGAUGAGCCCGACAUGAAGUGCGAUGACAUGAUGACAUGUUACCUGUUCCACAUGUACGUGGGCGUCCGCGCUGGUGGCGGCAUCGGAGAUGAAAUCGAGGAUCCUGCCGGGGACGAGUACGAGCUCUACAGGGUGGUGUUUGACAUCACCUUCUUCUUCUUCGUCAUUGUCAUCCUGCUGGCCAUCAUUCAGGGUCUGAUCAUUGAUGCCUUUGGAGAGUUGAGAGACCAGCAGGAGCAGGUCAGGGAGGACAUGGAGACCAAGUGUUUCAUCUGUGGAAUAGGAAGCGACUACUUUGACACGACGCCGCAUGGCUUCGAGACUCACACCUUAGAGGAGCAUAACUUGGCCAACUACAUGUUCUUCCUGAUGUAUCUAAUCAAUAAAGACGAAACAGAACACACAGGACAGGAGUCGUAUGUCUGGAAGAUGUACCAGGAGCGAUGCUGGGACUUCUUUCCUGCUGGGGACUGCUUCAGGAAGCAGUAUGAGGAUCAGCUGGGAUAACGCCCUGCAUCGCUGACGUGUGUCUGAAGGAGGAAAUGAGGAGAGGAGGGAAAUGCAGAGAAGGAUUGGAAAUGUAGAGAUGGAGCACAUCUGUAUCUUCGUUUGCCUUUGUCUGCCCAUUUCUCUCCUCUGUUCCGUCUAUGCACACUUUAGCUGCACUUGUACCACCUGCAGCAAAAUGUUGAUGGGUUUUAUUUGAGACGAGCAGGACAAUAAUAUCUGAGAGGCGUAAAAAGCCCGGGGCCUUUUUCUCCCACUCUGAAUCCACUACAUGGCCUUUUUGUGUAAACUACAUAGAACUGCCUUGCACAUCGACGGUGUCUUUACACUGUGGGCUCUUCCAGUCGCUACUGCUGUAAACGUUAUAGUGCCUCUAGCAAUGUCACUACUUUAGCAGUUUAGACAUUUAGCUUUACCACUUCUGUGCUUAAUUUAUAUUGUUUGUAAGAUUGCUUUCAGAUUUGAAGGUGAUGAGAAGGGAAAUAAUUCAGUGUUUUGGAGGGGGAACAUCCUUUUCCUUCCUCUCUAAAGACUUAGAAAUGUGUCUUCAAACAAGUGAUCGUGAGUGAGAACUUGUUGGACAGGUUCUCCAGGACGGAACACGUCAUCUGCAUCUGUGAAGUAAACCCAGUUUGCACUCAGAAGUCUUAUAAUGCAUCCCUGGAGGUAUGUGCUCCUCUGCCUCUGUGCCAUAUAAGAUAUACACAUACUGUACAGCAGAGGAUACCAGGGUUGUUUGUUCAUUGUCUAUAUGCAGAUCAGAUCCUUUGAAUAUAUACGAAUAUUUCUGGCCACGACUCUGUUUCAUGACAAUUUAUGCACAAGUCAGUUUUGUCAGUGCAUUAAAUAGGUAAUGAAUGUAUUUCAUGUACACAUUUUGGCCACUGUCACCUGUAUAACUGAGCAAUGACUGGGCUGCUUAGAGGCCUUUCUAUGAGAAGACAUAUUUUACAUAAACCAUAGAUGCAUAUUUAUUUUUCUUUAAGGCUUUGAAGAAUUGAAAUGACUCGUGAACGCGUCCACAGCUUUGACUAAAACACGCCCAGUUUGCUGUUGGAAGAGAACAUUAGCUUUUGUUUGUGCUAGUUAGGUUUUUAUGAUAGAUCUUUUUAGGAAACCAGCAAAUCCCUUGUUUUUGUCAUGUGUGGUGUUGUUGUGGAAAAAAAUACCACGAGGGCUUCUGACGACUCAAUGAAGAGAGGAAUCCAAAAAAGUUGUCUUUGUCAAUUUUAUUUCUGCAGUUCCACCUCGGCACCCUGGGGUGGAGAGACCCAGUGCAUCGAGCACCCUGAAACUCCUGCAACUGUCCCAAGUACUGUAUUUAGGCAUACAGAUAAACAGGUCCACACCUUAAGCAGACACCUCCCAAUAUAUGGACACAGAAAAGCACAUCUUCUGAAUCAGACCAACACACAUACUGUAUGCUACUGUAUGAUUAUCUAGACAGUUAACAUUUCAUUUGUUAAAGUUGCAUAAACAAAUAGAAAGGUGAACCCUUUCGGUGCAUCAGGUUCAUGCAAGGGGCGCUGUGUUCAUUAUCACUGCCUCCCUUCUUGAGAUAAUGGGGAACUGAGUCUCCUGCUCAGAUGAACAAUCAGCAAUAGUUGAACUUAUGAAACUAGCUUAUGAUCUAAUACAUAGGAUGUUAAAGCCAAAAAAACAUUUAUUAUUAUAAAUUAUAAAAGUAAUCAAUGAUAUUGAGACAUCUGUCACUGACCUGCUGACAGAACGGUGGACUUGGUGGUGUGCAACUGGAGCUGAUGACUGGAGAUCACUUUUUCUGCCUGACUGAACCUGUGUUUCCAUACAUAAUAAAGAGAUUAUUAUAAAGAGAAAAGCA